AUGCGUACAUCUACGCCAACCUCCACUGUCACAGCGUCAGAAAAACGAGAAGGUAAAGUGCGUAGACCAAUAGUCCCCGGUCCGGUCGCACCGAUGCUCAUGCUCUUGAACAGCGAGAUUUCCGAUCGAGGCUUCCAAGAUCCCCGUGCGCCUGUACCUGUUGCCAGGGUUUCGAUGGCCAAGGGUUCGAUGGGCAGGCGCAGGGCAGCAGCCAAGGUACGCGCUAGGCCAACCGAUCCGAGCCGAUCAGUUGCGCUGGAACGGUCAUCUGGGCUAUCCAAUAGCCGCAGCCCAGUCGCUACGCUCAUCGGAUAG